UGAAUUUAAUCAGGUUUGAGGUCCGGGUCUCAGAGAGAAUGAGCGAGAAGGAGGAAAAGGAGAUGAGAAACCGAGUACCAAAGCCAAGGAUCUGAUCUCUGUGUAUGAGAGAAGGAGCUCUUCCAGAAGCUAAGCUGCUUCUGGUUCUCUUUUAUAUGAUCUAGGCUCUGAUGCGAAGAUAUCUGUUUUUACGGGCGUCUUCUACGGAGCUUUUGGUUGUUUUUUAGUUGAUUUUAGAGCUUCGGAGGGGGCUCUCAAGCUUUUCAGAUAUCUCUUAGAGGUCUCCGGAGGCGUCUGCGUGCGUGUGUGGAGCUCAAAUCGCUUUGAGCUUGGGAUCAGUUGUGGCUAGCGUGUUUCUUGUUCUUAGCGCACUGUUAGCCUUGUGACUCGCAGCGGUCUGAGAGCAGGUUAGUCUUCUUGCCUGGUUUUGCAGGAGACCACUCCAACCUUCUGUUUGCUAAAGUGCGCCGGUGGCUACAGAUGACGGGAAUCCGUUAACCAGUCAAUCUAAGCUUACAUUGGGGCGAAAAAAGAGAAACCUUUGGGUUAAUGUUUCUGUAUUCAAAGAUUUGUGAUCAUCAUUCAGCAUAAUUGAAGAUUGUUUAUGAGGAUUUCUCUGAGGGGUUAUAAUCAUCCCGGUGGUGUGACCCGUUUGUCAUUUUAGUGGGUUAGAUGUCGUUCCGGAGCAUCGUUCGUGAUGUGAGGGAUAGUAUUGGGAGUUUAUCCAGGAGGAGUUUCGAUGUUAGGUUUACAGGCCAUCAUAGAGGCAAAUCUCAAAGUUCAGUCCAUGAGUUGCAUGAUGAACCUGUUAUUCAGCACAGCUGCUGGGCUAGUCUCCCCCCUGAAUUACUACGUGAUGUGAUUAAGAGGUUGGAAGCAAGCGAGACCACUUGGCCUUCUCGCAAGCAUGUAGUUGCAUGUGCAGCUGUUUGCAAAUCAUGGAGAGAAAUGUGCAAGGAAAUUGUCAAAAGUCCAGAGUUCAGUGGGAAGCUUACUUUUCCAGUUUCUCUAAAACAGCCUGGGCCUCGCGAUGGAACUAUUCAAUGCUUCAUCAAGCGGGACAAAUCGAAUUUAACCUACCACCUUUUCCUGUGCCUUAGCCCUGCUUUGCUUGUUGAAAAUGGGAAGUUCCUUCUCUCUGCAAAAAGGAACCGGCGGACUACUUGCACAGAAUAUGUAAUAUCCAUGGAUGCUGAUAACAUAUCAAGAUCAAGCAAUACCUAUAUUGGAAAACUGAGGUCAAAUUUCCUUGGUACAAAAUUUAUUAUCUAUGACAACCAACCUCCCUAUAACUGUGCCCAUGUCUCCCCACCGGGCCGGACAAGCCGCAGAUUCUACUCAAAGAAAGUGUCCCCCAAAGUUCCUUCCGGCAGUUAUAACAUAGCCCAGAUUACAUAUGAAUUGAAUGUGCUGGGCACACGCGGUCCUCGUCGGAUGCAUUGCACCAUGCAUUCCAUCCCUGCCUCAGCCCUUGAUGCUGGUGGGACUGUUCCUGGUCAGCCUGAGCUACUCCCUCGGUCCCUUGAGGAUUCAUUCGGCAGCAUUUCCUUUUCAAAGUCCAUUGAUCAUUCAGUCGAGUUCAGCAGCUCUCGGUUCUCAGAUAUUGCUGGCCCCCGUGAUGACGAUGAGGAAGGCAAGGAGAGACCCCUGAUUCUCCGAAACAAGGCCCCAAGGUGGCAUGAGCAGUUGCAGUGUUGGUGCUUGAACUUCCGUGGGCGAGUAACUGUUGCCUCCGUAAAGAACUUCCAGUUGAUCGCAGCUACACAACCAGCUGCUGGCGCACCAACGCCAUCCCAACCAGCCCCACCGGAGCAUGACAAGAUCAUUCUGCAAUUUGGCAAAGUUGGGAAGGAUAUGUUCACCAUGGACUAUCGCUAUCCAUUGUCUGCAUUUCAGGCUUUCGCUAUCUGCUUGAGCAGCUUUGACACCAAGUUGGCUUGUGAAUAGACGUUAAGAAUGGUAAAGAGCAGGGAGGGGAAGAAAGGUAGUUGAUGGUUGUUCUUGAUAGGAAAUGAUCGUCAAUGUAUUCAGUUGCUGUAAACUCACUGUUCCUGUAGUUUGCAGCUGAGUCAACUACGCGGAUUGGAGGGAAAUCUACACUUCGUUCUCUGUGCUUUUUCCCUUCUCUCCUUUCCUUUCUCUAUUGUUUCCAUUGUUCACAAAAUGUCAACUGCAUGUGAUACCUUAAAUUUAUUCAUCAUCUUUAUUAGUUAUACAAGUUCUGAGAUACUGGGAACUCUGAAACGUGAACUUGUGGGAACUGUUUCAAUUGUUUCUUUGCCCGAAGCUGAAGGGAUCCAAUUUUCCAAGGUUUAUUCA